AUGAAGGUGGAGGAGGAAAAGGCUGGGGUAGGGAAGCUGGACCCCACUAACUACAGGAGACGAUGUCAGGAUCAGGAAGACUGCCGUUCCAUCCACAUUGGGCUUUCAGUCCCCAGUUACCCUCACAGGAAAAGAGACCAGAAGGGACAUCUUUCAGGCCUGCAAAAGGUCCGCUGGGGCUUGUGGCCAGACAAGCCGCAGCAGGGGCUGGCCAGUGCCGGCAGCACUGUGGAUCAUGUCAGCAGGACACGGUCUCCAGCUGCUGAGCAGCUCCAGGACAUCCUGGGGGAGGAAGAUGAGGCUCCCAACCCCACCCUCUUCACAGAGAUGGACACUCUGCAGCACGACGGAGACCAGAUGGAGUGGAAGGAGUCGGCCAGGUGGAUAAAGUUUGAAGAAAAGGUAGAGGAAGGAGGCGAGCGCUGGAGCAAGCCCCAUGUGUCCACACUGUCCCUGCACAGCCUCUUUGAGCUCCGGACCUGCCUGCAGACGGGGACGGUGCUGCUGGAUUUGGACAGCGGCUCCUUACCACAGAUCAUAGAUGAUGUCAUUGAAAAGCAAAUCGAGGACGGCCUCCUUCGGCCAGAGCUCCGAGAGAGGGUCAGCUACGUCCUACUGAGGAAACACCGUCACCAAACCAAGAAGCCCAUCCACCGCUCCUUGGUUGACAUUGGAAAGUCAGUCUCCUCCACCACCAAUCGCAGCCCAGGCCGGAGCCCCGCGGCGGGCCCGAGCCUACACCACUCCACCGAGGACCUGAGGAUGCGGCAAAGCGCAAAUUACGGCCGCCUGUGUCACGCCCAGAGCAGAAGCAUGAAUGAUAUUUCUCUCACCCCAAAUACAGACCAGAGGAAAAACAAAUUCAUGAAGAAGAUCCCCAAGGACUCAGAAGCCUCCAAUGUGCUCGUGGGCGAGGUGGACUUCCUGGACCAGCCAUUCAUUGCCUUCGUGCGUCUCAUCCAGUCAGCCAUGCUGGGAGGAGUGACAGAGGUGCCUGUCCCCACCAGAUUUCUGUUCAUACUGCUGGGACCUUCUGGGAGAGCAAAAUCCUACAACGAAAUUGGCCGUGCCAUUGCAACCCUCAUGGUAGACGACCUCUUCAGCGACGUGGCCUACAAGGCCAGGAAUCGGGAGGAUCUGAUCGCGGGGAUUGAUGAGUUUCUAGACGAGGUCAUCGUGCUUCCCCCUGGAGAGUGGGACCCAAAUAUUCGAAUUGAGCCACCCAAGAAGGUGACUUCUGCUGACAAGAGGAAAUCCGUGUUCUCCCUGACUGAGCUAGGCCAGAUGAACGGCUCUGUGACGGGAGGCGGCGGCGGGGCUGGAGGCGGCGGCGGCGCUGCAGGCGGCGGCGGCGGCGGCGGCGGCGGCAGCGGGGCCGGCGGAGGGAGCAGCGGGGAUGAUGGAGAGAUGCCAACCGUGCACGAGAUCGGGGAAGAGCUCAUCUGGACAGGAAGGUUCUUCGGUGGCCUGUGUCUGGAUGUCAAGAGGAAGCUGCCCUGGUUCCCAAGUGACUUCUACGAUGGCUUCCACAUUCAGUCCAUCUCUGCCAUCCUAUUCAUCUACCUCGGCUGCAUUACCAACGCAAUCACCUUUGGUGGGCUUCUGGGGGAUGCCACUGACAAUUAUCAGGGAGUGAUGGAGAGUUUCCUGGGCACUGCCAUGGCUGGCUCCUUGUUCUGCCUCUUCUCGGGACAGCCUCUCAUCAUCCUCAGCAGCACAGGGCCCAUCCUCAUCUUCGAGAAGCUCCUCUUCGACUUCAGCAAAGGCAAUGGCCUGGACUACAUGGAGUUCCGCCUCUGGAUUGGCCUACACUCAGCUGUCCAGUGCCUUAUCCUGGUGGCCACAGAUGCCAGCUUUAUCAUCAAGUAUAUCACCCGCUUCACUGAGGAGGGCUUCUCCACCCUCAUCAGUUUCAUCUUCAUCUAUGAUGCCAUAAAGAAGAUGAUUGGUGCCUUCAAGUACUACCCCAUCAACAUGAACUUUAAGCCUGACUCUAUCACCAUCUACAAAUGCGAGUGUGUCGCCCCCGACACAGCGAAUACAACCGCGUUCAAUGCUUCAGCCACGUCGCCACCAAACACCAACACUUCUCUGUACAACCCCCUUAACCUCACAGCGUUGGACUGGUCCCUGCUGAGCAAAAAGGAGUGUUUGAACUAUGGUGGGCGCCUACUUGGGAAUUCCUGCCAGUUCAUCCCAGACUUGGCACUCAUGUCCUUCAUCCUUUUCUUCGGGACAUACUCCAUGACCCUGACCCUGAAGAAGUUCAAAUUCAGCCGCUAUUUCCCUACCAAGGUUCGGGCCCUAGUAGCUGACUUUUCCAUCAUUUUCUCCAUCCUGCUGUUCUGUGGAAUUGAUGCCUGUUUUGGCCUGGCAACCCCCAAGCUGCUCGUGCCCAGCGUCAUCAAGCCCACGCGGCCUGAUCGAGGCUGGUUCGUGGCCCCCUUUGGGAAGAACCCGUGGUGGGUGUACCUGGUAAGCAUCCUGCCCGCCCUGCUGGUGACCAUCCUGAUCUUCAUGGACCAGCAGAUCACAGCCGUCAUAGUCAACCGGAAGGAGAACAAGCUGAGGAAGGCUGCUGGCUACCAUCUGGACCUGUUCUGGGUGGGCAUCCUCAUGGCUCUCUGCUCCUUCAUGGGGCUCCCCUGGUACGUGGCUGCCACGGUCAUCUCCAUUGCCCACAUCGACAGCCUCAGGAUGGAGACGGAGACCAGCGCCCCUGGGGAGCAGCCGCAGUUCCUGGGGGUCAGGGAACAGAGAGUGACCGGCACCAUUGUCUUCAUCCUGACAGGGAUCUCUGUCUUCCUGGCUCCCAUCCUGCAGUACAUCCCUUUGCCAGUGCUGUAUGGAGUCUUCCUCUACAUGGGUGUGGCCUCCCUGAAUGGCAUCCAGUUCUGGGAUCGCUGCAAACUCUUCCUGAUGCCGGCCAAGCACCAGCCGGACCAUGCCUUCCUGCGGCACGUGCCCCUGCGCCGGAUCCACCUCUUCACCCUGGUGCAGAUACUGUGCUUGGCUGUGCUCUGGAUCCUCAAGUCUACGAUGGCCGCCAUCAUCUUCCCAGUCAUGAUCCUGGGCCUCAUCAUCGUUCGAAGGCUUCUGGACCUCAUCUUCUCCCAGCAUGAUUUGGCCUGGAUUGACAACAUCCUUCCAGAGAAGGAGAAAAAGGAAGCAGAUAAGAAGAAAAGGAAAGGGGCCCAUGAGCACAGUGACGAGGAGCCCCAGUUCCCUCCUCCCUCAGUUAUAAAGAUUCCCAUGGAAAGUGUCCAAUCAGAUCCCAAAAACGGUAUCCACUGCGUUGCCAGACAAAGAUCUUCCAGUUGGAGUUACUCACUCUGAUUCUUCCUUCAGUGAUUCAGAACUCGACCGAAGCAUCACCCUGCACUUCAAAAUCUCCUGUCCAGCUUCACCUGCCUUCAGCUACUCACAGAGCCCAGUCUUCAUGGUGCCACAGGUGAAGA